AUGUCUGUCAUUCUUUCUAUCUUGGCUGCCGGCAGCCUACCAGCACUCAUUUUUGGGGCUCCGGUUCCAUCCCUUCUCUCUCGCGAUGUUGCAGUAGCAGAUGUUCAGUCUUUACAAACUCGUUCUUCGUCCUCUUACACUGUCUUUGGUGGCGAUGGAACGACCACUGCUGGAUGGCCAUCCAUCAAUGACUGGGUCGCAACCUACGAUGAGAUGUUCGCCGCCAAUAAGGCGACCAUGUCCGCGAGCUGUACUAACUUUGGCUUCGAAAACGAUUCUGAUGAUGAGAUCAACAGCAUCAAUAGCGCUAUCCAGUCCGUUUCUGCAUCCAGCGGCGUUGACGCACGUUUCAUUCUCGCUAUUGUCAUGCAGGAAAGCACUGGUUGUGUGCGAGUAGGUGGCACAAACAACGGCGUCAACAACCCAGGUCUCAUGCAAUCCCACAACGGCAAAGGAACAUGCAACACUGGAACCCCUCUUUCUCCCUGCCCCUCUAGCGAAAUUACCCAAAUGAUCGAGGAUGGCACUACGGGCACAGCUGAUGGAGAUGGUCUCAAGCAACUUAUCGCACAAGCUAUAGCAACAUACGGAGCCGACGGUGCGACCGAAUACUACAGGGCAGCACGAAUGUACAACUCUGGAUCCCUCGCCUCUGAUCUCAACCUGGGUCAAGGUGGUGCCACAGCUUGUUAUGCCUCCGAUAUUGCCAACCGUCUCUUGGGGUGGUCUACGGGUACAUCCAGCUGCGUAUCGAGUGUAGUUCAAGACCUCACCAGUUCUGGCACAUUCGUAUCUGGAAAUGAUGGCAGUGCUUCAAGUGGAACUACCACUGCUCCUGUUGCCUCUGCCACUUCUACUGCCCCUGCCAUCAGCAGUAUCACCGUUUCUCUAGACCCUACAACCACUGCUGCGCCCACCGCCACUCCCACGGACACAAAACCAGUUGCUGCACCUACUACUACCACUACCACAACUACCACUCCUCCUGCCGCAACCUCAGCUGCUGCGUCUGCUAGUGCUACUUCAUCUGCUACUUCCUCCGCUACCACCACUCUGACCGGUCCCGUCUACCCCGGCGCCGUAUCAACCUGCCAGCAAUGGACUCUUGUCGUCUCCGGCGAGUACUGCCUCGAAGUUGAAAGCGACAUCGGCAUCACGGCAUCUCAGUUCGAGGACUGGAAUUCAGGUCUGGAUGCAGUGUGCUCGAAUUUGUGGCUGGGCUACGAAUACUGUGUCAAGGCUUAG